AGCUCUCAAGACCGUCUCCCUCUCCCUCUCUCUCUCCCUCUCCUCAAAGGCUGUUCCACAGCGAAAAUAUGCUCAGUGCAGCUGAGUGCAUGCAGAAAAAGCCCUCCGAUUUCUUCUAGGCUAACACAAUGCAGCACAACAUUCAACUUACGAUUGCCUUCUUCCUGUCCCAGGUGCUGCUCCCUGCAUUCACAGAAGAUUUAGAAUGCAUUCCUGGAUUCCAGCAAAAGGUUUUUCAUAUUGAACAUUUGUCUGCAUUCACAGUGGGCCAGCCAAUUCUGAAUUUGGUAUUUGAUGACUGUCAAGAAAAUCACAAAUUGAACUUUGAAGUUUCAAGCCCAGACUUCAAGGUGGAAUCCAAUGGAGCUUUAGUUGCACUGAGAAAUUUAUCAGAUGCUGGGAGAGCUUUAUUCAUCCAUGCUCAGUCAGCCCUGGCAGAAGAUACAGCGGAGGUAUUGAUUGUUGGCAGAAAAGAAAAAUCUGGCUCUUUAAAGGAAAUCUUUAAAGCAGAAGGUGGCCUUGGAAAUGUACGACAGAGAAGGUCUAUCGUUGCACCCCCAAUCUUAAUUCCUGAAAAUCAGAGACCCCCAUUUCCAAAACUUGUAGGCAAGGUGAUAGAUAUUGACCGGCCAGAAGGUUCAAAGUUCCGAAUUUUGGGGAAAGGAGUAGAACAGGAGCCAAAAGGAGUUUUUAAAAUCAUUGAGGGCACAGGAGAAGUCUUUGUAACACAACAACUUGAUAGAGAAGCCAUUGCUACAUAUGCGCUGCAGGUAGAGAUCACUGAUGUCUCUGGCAAGAUCAUAGAAGGUCCAGUCCCUUUUGAUAUUAUCAUCAUUGAUCAGAAUGACAACAGGCCUAUCUUCCGGGAAGGACCAUACAUUGGGCACGUCAUGGAAGGGUCUCCAACAGGAAGUACCGUCAUGCGUGUGAUAGCGUUUGAUGCUGAUGAUCCAUCAACGGAUAACGCUGUGCUGAGAUACAACAUUCUUAAGCAGGCCCCAGACAAGCCAUCUCCAAACAUGUUCUAUAUUGACCCAGAGAAAGGAGACAUCGUCACAGUUGUGUCUCCAGCCAUGUUGGACCGUGAAACGAUGGAAAAUCCAAAAUAUGAGCUAAUCAUAGAAGCAAAGGACAUGGCUGGACAGGAAGUUGGGUUGACUGGGACCACUACCGCAACAAUUGUCAUUGAUGAUAAAAAUGAUCAUGCACCAGAAUUCACCAAGAAAGAGUUCCAAGCCACAGUGAAAGAAGGCAGCACCGGUGUGAUUGUGAAUUUAACGGUUGAAGAUCGAGAUGAUCCAGCGACAGCAGCAUGGAAGGCAGUUUACACCAUCAUCAAUGGCAAUCCAGCCCAGAGCUUCAAAAUCCACACAAAUGCAAAGAAUAAUGAAGGGAUGUUGUCAGUUGUCAAGCCUUUGGAUUAUGAGAUUUCAGCUUUCCACACACUCCUGAUCAAAGUAGAAAAUGAAGAUCUGUUGGUUCCUGAUGUAUUGUAUGAUACCAGUUCCACAGCAACUGUUCAGAUCACAGUUCUAGAUGUUAAUGAAGGGCCCAUUUUCCACCCUAAUCCAAUGACUGUCACCAAACAAGAAAAUAUUCCUGUUGGCAGUGUUGUAUUAACAGUUAAUGCUACCGAUCCAGACACUUUGCAGCAUCAAACUAUAAGAUACUCCAUUGACAGAGAUCCAGCAGACUGGUUGGAAAUUAACCCUACAAAUGGGACCAUUCGCACCAAGGGCAUUCUUGAUCGCGAAUCCCCGUCCGUCUUGAACAAUGUCUACACUGCAUCUUUUUUGGCAAUAGAUAGUGGUAGCCCUCCAGCAACAGGUACAGGAACAUUGCAGAUUAUCUUGGAGGAUGUGAAUGACAAUGCCCCUUCUCUUUAUCCAACGGUAGCAAGUGUCUGUGAAGAUGCAAAGGAUGUGAAAGUUGUCUUUGGUGCCUUAGAUAAGGAUAUUCACCCAAAUAAAGAGCCAUUCAAAUUUGAGUUGAGCAAGCUAUCAGGUCAAGAUAAAGUAUGGAAGCUCACCAGAAUCAACAAUACCCACAGCCAAGUUGCCGUGCCACCCAAUUUGAAGAAGGCCAAUUAUAUCAUCCCCAUCUUGGUGACGGAUCCUGGGAAACCUCCCCUAACUAAUAAUACAGAACUGAAAAUCCAAGUGUGUUCCUGUACAAAGUAUAAAGUUGACUGUAGUGGAUCCCCUUCUUUUAACACCAGCACAGUUCUGAUCUUUCUCUUGCUCCUCAGUUUAUCCUGUCUGUAAGAACUCCUGACAUUUAAAGCUGGUCUAUCGUUUUGCCAUGGUGACAAGCAAAGAAUAUACUAUCCCGAACAGAAGAUCACCGUUGACUCUUAUGAUUCCUUCUUCUCCAAAGGCCCAGUUGCUUCGGAAUUGGCACCUGCGACUUCACCUCGUUGUCCUCCCAGCUGCACAACUGCAUUUGACAAGAGCGCUCCAGCCACACUCUGGCUUAGGGAUGGAUUCCUUCCUCGAGAUCG